AUGAGUGCCUUCACUGAGGCGAAUCGCAAAGCAUUCGACGAUCUGUCAGCCACAUACAGUACCAAGCAAUGGCAAAUCGACAUCUCCAACCAAGUAGCCGACGCAUUACGAGCACGGAAAGAUUGGGUCGGAGCACAAUGGAACGACCCCAAUGUACCACCAGAAAGGCGAACGCAGGAUGUCAAGCUACUGGACUACGCUUGCGGCACUGGCGCAAUCACCAAAGCACUGGGACCAUACGUGACGUCGAUAUCCGGCAUUGACAUUAGCGAAAACAUGGUCGCAAAGUAUAACGAGGCCGCCUCGUCAUCAGGUCUGAGCCCUGAGCAAGCCCAUGCAGUUGUUGGAGACCUCUUCGCCGAGGCCGUACCCGCCGAGCUCAAGAGCUCGGAAUACUACGAAUUCGACAUCGCCUGCAUUGGAUUAGGAUUCCAUCACUUCGAGCAUCCGGACGUGGCAAUCAAGCGUCUCGCCGAGCGCCUCAAAGCUGCCACAGGUGUUCUCGUCAUUAUUGACUUCCUCCCCUUCAGUACUGAGCGAGAUCAUGGCCAUGCUGGAGAAAGCGGCGAGUUCCAGGAGAUGAAGCACACAAUCAAGCAUAACGGCUUCACCGGUGACCAGAUGCGAGAUAUGUAUGAAGAGGCAGGGUUCGUUGACUUUGAUAUUGUGGCGCUCAAGCAGCCUGCUGUGAUGGAGCUCAAGAGCGGCACGGUCCAGAGGACGUUGUUCAUUUCCAAGGGACGAAAGGCACCGACUGCGUGGCAGAAGUUAUCGUCUUGGGUUGGUGGGAUGCAGGACUGGGCAGCGGAAGGAGUACGGCUCAAGAACGAUCAACAUCAUUGGGAGCCUGGAUAUUCGCAAGGACGAGAGAGUGCAUGGGACGUGUGGGGUCAGAAAGAGGGGACUUAUGCGAUGGUACCAGAGAGGGAGGAGGAGAAGAAGAAGGCUUGGAAUGGAUUCUAG